UCUAAUUUCGAAAGGAAUUAUUCGUUUAAAUUCGAACCUUAGCGUUUUAUUUUAAAAUAUUUGAUUUACGUUUAAUUUGAAUGAUGCUUACCAUUUUCUUACUGAACCUGGUUACAAUUUCCUUGUUUUCGGAGGCGUGUAGUUACGAGGAGAUCAAAAAAUAUACCUUUAGCAAUUUAAAAAGGUACGAAUUUCUACGUUUACCUAAACAUAGAUUCAAUUACACGCGCUUGGAUCUAAAGUUUUCUGCGUACGAUACAUAUUUUCGUAUAAUUGCUCGACCCACAGAGAAUUCGGUAAUCGAUAGAAGUGCCACCGUACACAUCCACUAUAAAAACAAAGCUGCGGUAGAUAAACUGGAUAAUUUUGGGAUUAAAUUCUAUAGUGGAUGGUUAUUAGGGCAUCCGAACUCCUCCGUCUUAGGAUUUUUCAAUGGCCAAGUCUUUCAGAGCAUCAUCCACAUGGCAGAGGAAACAUACAUACUAGAACCAUGCUCAAAUUACCUGAAGAUUACCGAUUUUAAUGCAAUUAUAUACAGAAGAACAGACGUAAUAAGUGAAUAUAUUAACAAAAUUGACUAUUCUGAAAGGUGGACGAAUUUAAAAAUUGGCUGGAGCAGAAAUCUCAAUAGAAUUAAUAAACACAACAUGGAGAUAAUUGCCGAUGUUUCUGUAUUUAAUGACCUAAAUCGUAACUUGGCAUCAUUAUUUAAACACGUGAUAUUCCAUUCUAUUUUAACUGACCGAGUCUUCGGUAAACAAGAUAUUGGCAAAAAUGACAAUAAAAGCCUUAAAUUAUCUAAAUUAACACUCUUUACCAGUAUGAAAUCUCCGUUAUACCCUUUUAAGACCAUUGGUAGAAACGAUAUCGACAAUACUGCAAAUACAAAAAUGAUUGCUCUUAGUUUCAAUAUUUUUAAUAAAUAUAAAGUACUGAGUGCAUCGAGAGCACUUUUUGCUGAUAAAUUCUCCAUUUACUAUUCUUCGUGCAUAAUUUAUGCAUCGAGAAGAGUUUGCAAAAGAGACGACAGACAAUGCUUUGCUGGUGUUGACGAGUGUUUAUCGCACGAAAACGAGAGAUUAUUAAGUAAAUUUAUAAGCUGUUUAAACAGAUAUCGACCCCACAAUCGGCUCGAGAGAAAUUUUAAGAUACGAUCGAGAUUCAAAUUUUGUACCAGGUAUUGCUUGAAACUCCAAAAAUCCUCGUCCAUUAAACGUUGCAACGGUAGGAAACUACGCGAAGAGUCGUGUUCGAAGCAGGAAACUAAGAAGUGCAAGAGGACAAACAUAAACGACUGUCGUGUGUACAAGAGCAAAAAUAUUUGCGAUUUUUUCUAUUUUUAUAAUGAACAUAAAUACAUAAAUUCCUUUAGAAAAAAAUUGAAAAGACUGUUCAUCAACAUCACUCAAUUUGAUUCAGAGAAGAAAUCGCCAUUAAAAGAAGAAAGUGGCUCGUCUAAAUUUAAAAAAUUUGCAUAUUUUUGUAUAUACAGUUUGCUCGUUUGCAUAAUGAUAUAUGGGAAAUCGCGAAAGAUGAAGAUGGUGGAAAGAAAGAUGUACCGAGAUUUUCAGAGAGAAACUGCAUUAAAUGAACUGAAAAUCGACAAACCGAAUUACGAACGUUGUGUAUGGCGAUUGGUUACCUUAUUCCCAACUGUGCCCAUUGAAGUCAUCAGGAAGAUGCUGGACGAACUCUAUCACGAAGAAUUAGUUGUCGUUUCCAUUAUAUCUAAUGGUAUACCUAUGAGAACUGAUUAUUCUACAACGAUUUCCCUUCCUUUACUAAGAAAUUACGAUUUGAAUUCGGGAAUAUCACCGUUAUCAAAGAAUAGAACAUAUUGCAAACCCCUGAACAAAGCUCUGUCUAUCAAAUUAAUGCUCAGAGAAAAUGAAACCAAAAUUUAAACGUUGUGUAACUGAUUCUAUGGAAAUCUUUCACUUUAAACGUUAAAUAUAUAUAAACUGCAUUAAAAGUAAUUGAAAUUAAAUAAAUUUUUCGGUAUAAAACUUUAAAA